AUGGCGACCCGUCCACACACACCGGCGUCGCCCAAGAACGUCAAGGUCAACUCGCCCGUUCAAGGGACACCAAUGUUCGGCUGUCUUGUCGAUUCCAAGACGGGCUCACUCUUCUGCCACAUGUGUGAUGACUUCGUCUGGGACCCCACACUUGAGGACCUCAGAAACCGCAAGAUCGGAACGGGCACUUUUUCAAGCCGCAAGAGAAAGUACGAUGAGCUGCUCGCAGAGGCUAUCAAAGAGGAUCCAAAGAUCCUCAGCGCGAACACCAUAAUGCCUUCAUGCCGGGCAGAUGGUCUCCGUGGCAUCUACAACGCAGGCGCUACUUGCUACCAGAACGUUAUCCUCCAGAGCUUCCUGCACAAUCCCAUUCUACGGAACUUCUACCUCAGCGAUGGUCACUCCAGCAAUUCCUGUGAGGUGCAGAACUGCUUGAGCUGUGCGAUGGACGACAUGUUCCAGGACUUCUGGGGUACUGAGGUGACGAAUGGCUACACCGCGGCCAAUAUCCUGUCGAGCUUCUGGAUCUCCGAGAACAAAGCGUUCGAGAAUCUGGUUACCACCAAGGAGCAAGACGCACACGAGUUCUUCCAGUUCAUUGCGGAAGAGUUACAUGAGCGCAACGGUGACGGCAAGAAGCCGGAGAUCGGCAGCGAGCACAGCUGCAACUGCAUCAUGCACCAGACGUACUACGGCAAGCUCCAAACGACCACAACCUGCCAGAACUGUGGCGGUGUGACCAACCAGGUGCAGUCGUUCCUGGACCUUAGUGUGGGUCUGGACAAUUUGACACACAAGAAAGGGAAGAAGGCAGCCCAGAAGACCCAGAUUACACUACAGGACUGCUUGGAGGAGGAAUAUGUGAAGUCCGACAAGUGCGAGUACCGAUGCAAUAACUGCAACGGCCCCCAACAGGCACGUCGACAUACCAGCAUCAAGCGGUUACCCAAUGUCCUGUCCAUUCAGUUAAAGCGGUUUGAAUUCAGGAACGGCUCGCGAGACAAGUCUGCCGCCAAGAUCGAGACGCAAGUACAAUUCCCGCUGUCAUUGAGUAUGUUGCCAUACACAAAUCGAGCAAGGACAGCAGAUGCGAAAGAGCAGUACGAACUCUCGAGGUCAUGCACAUAUGAUCUCAUGAGUGUUGUUGUGCACGUGGGCGAGAUUGAUACCGGCCACUACAUCUCGUAUUGUCGGGUUGGCGACCAGUGGUUCACUUUCAACGACCACCGAGUCGAGAUGGCAUCCAAGUCCGACGUGCUAGGAGCAAAAGCCUAUCUUCUCUUCUAUAUCGUGCGGACACUAGCCUGAGAGGCACCUGGGUUGAAGAAAGAGAAUGGUUGAGAUUUAAGCGUUCAUAUCUUUGGGGGGGGGGGGGCGUUCUUUUGUGUAUUUUUGGACAGUUUGCGAAGAUGGCAGUGAUGAUCAAGGGGCCCCUCCUAUGCAUGCAGUGGCAACUCAAUGGCCAGUAAUGGGGACCAAAAAAGGCGUACGGCAUCUUUCUGCUUUCUCGGGAAAGGAGAAACCAAUCCGGGCCGGUGGCCACCCGGAUUAGCAUUGUUGGUAGGCGUUCAGAGGAAGCGGCGUCGUCAAUCGAGAUCUUUUUGUCUUC